AAACAUCCUGCAUUAACACAAGUUACGCGAGAAGUGAAAAAGCAGUGCAUUUCAAGAUGGACGCCGCCACGGUGGAGCAUGUUGUCGCAGAUGCUGGAGCGUUUUUGAAAAAGGCCCCACUUCAGGAAAUUGGGCAAAACAUCUACACAUUGAAGGAUGUCGUGGAUGAAAUUCGGGACAAACCAACGAAAAGAAGUUUAUCCUUCCUACCCUACACCCUUAUCUUCAAGGACCCUUUUCCAGAGCACAUACGAUUCGUGACCGAAUUCGCCAAAAAGACUGGAGACUACCCUAGCCUCUCCGCCACAGACAUCAAAGUUUUGGCUUUGACUUACCAGCUUGAACUGGAGAAAGUCGGUUCCAGCCACUUAAAAUCUGAACCCGAUAUAAAGGUUCAAGUUUGCAGCACACGGCGACAUCCAGAGGCUCCAGUUAACAUUGCUGGAUUCCACUUUCCCCAAAAGAAAACCUCAGAGCCACAUGUCCACAGCCAAGCCAACAGAGAGACCUAUGCACACUCUCAGGAUUCUGACAAUGUUGAGUUUAGCAGCUUCCAGUUCUGGAGGACUACUUUACCUAACAUCGAAGCUGACCUCUUGGAGAUGCUGAAUAUCAAAGACAUUACAGAGCCAAAUGUCCAGAGUCCAGCCCAGACUCAUGAUGUGACAUCUUGGCCCUCUGAGACUGUAGCGUUUAACAGCUUUCAGUUCUGGAGAGCUCCUCUACCUAGCAUUGACUCUGAUCUUUUGGAACUACUUGGUGCAGAUGCUAUCUCUGCUGUAGGCGGUGAGGUGUCUGAGACGCUGGAGUCUGUGCAUCUGUCUUCAGAGGAAAACACUUCCAUUGACUCUGGAAAGGGCGAAGACUUAGACAUAGUCAGCACUGGCUCUCAAGAAGAAAGCGAGGAAGAGAAGGAGAAGGGUGAUGAUGAUGAUGAGGAUGAUGGUGGCGGCUGGAUCACUCCAAGCAACAUCAGACAGCUCAAAUUUGAUGCUAGCCAUGGCAAACCUGCAGCAGAUGUUAAAGUGGGCUGUGUAACCACUGACUUCGCAAUGCAGAAUGUUCUCAUUCAGAUGGGACUGAAUGUCCUGUCUGUAAAUGGCAUGCUCAUCAAGCAGACGAGGAACUACAUUUUGCGCUGCCAUGCGUGUUUCAAGACUACGACCAACAUGAACAAGAAUUUCUGUCCACACUGUGGCAACAACACAUUAAGGAAGGUGGCUGUUACCAUCAGUGAGGAUGGGAGCACACAGAUGCAUUUCUCCAGGAACCCCAAAGUUUUGAACCCAAAAGGACUGAGGUAUUCCUUGCCAAAGCCACAAGGUGGUAAACACGCCAGCAAUCCCCACCUGGUGGAGGACCAGCAGUUUCCCCAGCAGAGGGUGUCCAGAAAGGCACGCCAGAAGACUGAGGCUUUCGACCCAGACUACCUGGCUGGCAACUCUCCAUUUAUUGAAAACGAUGUCUACAGCCGUUCUGCCAACUUGCAUAUUCGGGACACCCAGGGUGUUGGUGGUGGCCGCCGUCGUGCUAACCCCAAUGCUGCCCACAAGAAAUUUGUCAAAAAGAAAUGAGACAAUUGGAAACAUAACUGUAACAAAGGGAUGAGUGGAGUUUCAAUAUUUGUUUUCAUGUAAAGUUCAACCUUUGGACAUAUCCAAUGUUUUUCAAUGGGUGUAUUUUCCUGGUAUCAUGGGGUAAAAUAUCAAUAGAAUAAUGACAUCACUGCUUAAGUGUAAUCCAGUUUGAAACAUAACGUAAAAUGCAAGAUUUACAAGGUUUUAAUGGAUUAUACAAUUCGGAUCCAAUGAUUAUUCAAACAUAUUAGAAGAUUUGUGGUUAUGUAACAGGUUAAAAAGAGGGGAAAGAAAAAUGUAGACACGGUCAUCCAAAGGCAGAACCAUCAUUGUUUCAAGUCUGGAGAUUAUCCCUUUUCCAUUGUAACAAGACAACAAUAUUUAUUAAACAGUUAAAACCCAAUAUAUUCAUAUGUACAAGUACUUACAGUAACAUUGAUAGAUUGGUCCAUACUAUAAUUUGUGUAAUUAGAACUGUACUGUACGUAAUUCUUAAAUGAUUUAAAUCUGAAUUGGUUGUAUGUAUGUUGCAUUACGUGAUGAGAUCCCCUACCCAAAUGCAUUCAAACUAUGUUUUUCUUCAACCAGAUAAAAACUCCUUGUCAAUGUCCAUUAAGUUAGCAUCUUCUGUAGGAUUGUCUGCAGUGUCAGUGGUUUGAUCUCCAGUUGGUAUGUCUGAGGAAGGCUCCAUGGUUACUUUGGGAUCAGGAGGUGGUUUGGUUUCUUCAGAGGUUUGCAAAGUUUCAGAACGUUUCUCCUGAAGUUCUGACUCCAUUGUGGUCAGGCUGCUUAGGUCAUCACUGAGGUCUACUACAGGGAUGAGCACUUCUCUUUUGGGUAAGACAAACUCCAGAGGCUCCAGAAUGUUGUUCACAUCAAUGCAACCCAGACUCCCAUACUUGUGCACUUGUGUUGGAGGAAUACCUAGAUUAAACAUUUAAAAAAAAAAAAAAUACUUGAGAAAAA